GGGGGGGAAAGGAAAUAUAAUACAGUUUGAACAGGCGGCGCAGCAAAGCUAGCGACCUAGCUUCACUAUGGCGCUGAGGGUGAAAGUAAACGUUUCUAACUGUCGUUGUUAUUGACGUAGUCGGUGAAAAAUUGAUCACAUGUAACGUUUUUUUUCUUAGUAUUGUUCACUGCUAAUAAGUUGUGGGUCAACAACUUCGUCAGUCUUCUGUGAUUCAGUAAUACUUCCGAAAGAACAUUUAAAAAGAUUGCCCACACCUCGUAAUUUACAAUAGUUCAGUGAUCCUUUCGUCAAAAACCUCUAAACAGAAUUGAUGAGGUGGUCGAGGUUUUAAACCUUUUCCGUAUUUUUUUAAUGCCAGAGGGACACUCAUCAGUGGAUAUCGUAGCUAAUUUAUUCCUUAAACUGAUAUAAAGUACGUGUCUAAAUGCGAUUCACUACAAUUACACAUACAAGUCUGUUGGGGUAUGUCACUUCCAGAUUUACACACCCAAAUGAAGAUUUCUCCUUUUUUUUAUCACUUAGCUCUGUAAAACAGUUAAAGCUCUGGCAGCUUGACUGGAGAGUGUCUUUGAGCAUCAAGUCCUUUCACAGGAAACAUGUCGAGAGAGCUGGGAGACGGCCACCGGAGGUUUCUACAGACCCUGAUGGCCGUUGGCGUCACUGACGAGCAAGAAGCAAGGGCUCUUUAUCAGCACUGCUGUGACACACACACGAUGCAGUGUAUUCCUGACAAACUGGAUGAGUUUAUUGAAGCCAUCAACUCCAGACUGCAGCCCAUGUUCAUGCAGAUCAGAAAAGGCAUGUCUGAGGAAAAUGGCCGCCAGUACUAUGCCUUGGUCAACAUGGCGGAAACCGAUAUCACCAGGAUGACGUCAGAUUACGCAGACAACGAACUGGAGCUGUUCAGGAAAACGCUGGACCUAAUUGUUAGCUCUGAGAACGGGAAGGCCUCCUCCACAGACAUCCUGAACAGCACCGACACCAUGACCUCUAAAAAACUGAAGAAGAGUGAAACGGAGCAUCUUCUGACUCGACUGGUGCAGGACAACUGGCUUUGCGAGAGACGUGGGGAGUACACGCUGUCCACUCGAUGUAUCAUAGAGAUGGAGCCAUAUAUUCGCACAAUGUAUCAAGAGCAGGUCAAAGUGUGUCACAUCUGUCACAACAUCGCCUUUCAGUGCCAGAUUUGUGAGAAUCCCUCCUGUGGAAUAAAAAUCCACAACCCGUGUGUUGCCAGAUACUUCAAAGGAAGAGUGGAGCCACGCUGUCCAGCUUGUGACGACUUUUGGCCGCAUGAAAUCCCUGAAGUAAGAGGGCUCCGUUCUCAGUCCAAGAGGUGAUUUCAACGUUGUUGUCUUUGUUUUUAACAAAAUGAUGUUAGAACCUCUGUAUUCAAACAUACUGUAUAUUACCUUUUGUUUAUGCAAGUAAAUUAGAUUUUGUUAUAUUAUUGUCUUGUUGUUUACACACAUUGAAAAUAAAAUCAUGGUUUCUAACUUUUUGCGAACUUUUUAA